UCUCUCUCUCUCUCUCUCUCAGCAGAAACAAAGAUGGGUUUUGGAACACAGAGGUAUUGUUUCAUCCUUGUUACCUUCUUGGCGAUUUACACACGUCUUUGUUUAGCAAACAGUAGAAGCAAUGUGAAGUGGAGAAAACAGAGCAGUCAGUGCAACUUGUAUGAAGGAAGUUGGGUGAUGGACGAUUUGUACCCUCUCUACGACUCUCUGACAUGCCCUCACAUCCGCAAGGAGUUUGACUGCCUGAAGUACGGCCGCCCUGAUAAGCUCUACCUCAAGUAUAGAUGGCAGCCAAAGGAAUGUGAUUUACCCAGAUUUGAUGGUCAAGAUUUUCUACAAAGGCUUGAGGGCAAGAAGAUCAUGUUUAUAGGGGACUCUGUUAGUCUCAACCAGUGGCAAUCUCUACUGUGCUUGCUUCAUGCUGCUGUGCCUGAUGCCAAAAUCAUAGAGCAGACAAAUGACUCAAUUUCUACCACCACCUUCCAGGACUAUGGAGUUUCAGUUAUUCUAUUUAAUUCUCACUACUUGGUAGACAUCGAAGAAGAACAAGUUGGUCGAGUUCUAAAGCUUGAUUCCCUGAAGAAUGGCGAGGUGUGGAAAGACAUGGAUGUUCUGGUUUUCAACACUUGGCUUUGGUGGUACCGUAGAGGACCUAAGCAACCAUGGGACUAUGUUGAAGAUGAAAACAAGGUUGUCAAGGACAUGGAUCGGAUGGUUGCUUUUCGCAAAGGUUUGACAACAUGGGCCAACUGGGUUGAUGCAGAUGUGGAUCCGACAAAAACUAGAGUCAUUUUUCAAGGAAUUUCUCCUUCCCAUUACAAGGGGACCGAAUGGGGCGACCCAAAAGUGACAAACUGCUCGGCGGAGACAGAGCCAAUAAGCGGGUCAACUUUCCCAGCUGGUUUGCCACAAGCAGCAUUCGUAGUGGAAGAUGUGUUGAGCAGAAUAAAGAAACCUGUUCAUCUGCUUAAUAUAACAACUCUCUCACAGCUAAGAAAAGAUGCACAUCCUGCCUCUUACAAUGGAUUCAUGGGCAUGGACUGCACUCAUUGGUGCGUUGCUGGACUUCCAGACACCUGGAAUCAACUUCUCAAUGCGGCUCUCAUCACUGCAGAUUGAAUUCAUUCUUGAAUACACACACACACAACCAAAGAGAUCGAAUAGCCAUGAAAGUAAAAGCCAUAUAGUUUCAAUUCCUUGAUAUGUAACUUAUUCAUUGAUUUGAUUGUCACUCAUGAAAACAAUCAUUGCUAGCGCUAGAUGACAAUGUAGUUGGGAUGGAAAACAUACGAAAGUUAAUUCUUUUGAAAUCCCUGUUAGAAAACAUUUUUGUUGGGAAGUGGAUGCUAUACUUAGACUUGAAAUUUUAAGAACUUCGAUUUUUCUAUGUUUUUAAACAACAUUUCCUUGUCUAAUGAGCGAAAACAUAAAUUUUUUUAAUGUUUUUAAAUA